ACACCGAGGCCGCCAGCAGCGCUGAGCCCAGGAUGCAGCCGAGGACUCCUCGGCCAACAGCAGUGGCCUCGGGGCUGAGCCCCAGGGCCGGCAGUGUCCCGACCACCAGCAGGCCCGAGGCCGGCGUGUGCUCCCUGGCGCUGCCCUCGGACCUGCAGCUGGACCGCCGGGGCGCGGAAGGGCCGGAGGCUGAGCGGUGGCGGGCGGCCCGCGUCCAGGAGCAGGUCCGCGCCCGCCUCCUGCAGCUGGGCCAACAGCCUCGGCACAACGGGGCCGCCGAGCCCGAGGGGGCGGCCGAGGCAGCCAGAGGUGGGUCCCGGGCUCAGUACCACACCUUGCAGGCUGGCUUCAGCUCCCGUUCCCAGGGCCUGAGUGGGGACACCACCUCAACCUUCCGGCCCAUCGCCAAGCCCACCUACAGCCCUGCCUCCUGGUCCUCACGCUCAGCUGUGGAUCUGAGCUCCAGCCGGAGGCUGAGCUCUGCCCACAAUGGGGGCAGCACCUUUGGCGCUGCAGGGUACGGAGGUGUCCAGCCCGCUGCCCCCAUGCCCACCCGGCCCGUGUCCUUCCACGAGCGCGGUGGGGUGGGCAGCCGGAUGGAUUACGACACCCUGUCCCUGCGCUCGCUGAGGCUGGGGGCCGGCGGCCCAGACGACCGCUGCAGCGUGCUGUCUGAGCAGCUGGAGCCGGCCACCGCCUCCGCCUACCGGGCCUUUGCCUAUGAGCGCCAGGCCAGCUCGAGUUCUGGCCGAGCGGGGGGCCUGGACUGGCCAGAGGCUGCCGAGGGGCCGCCCAGCCGGACCAUCCGUGCCCCGGCCAUGCGGACACUGCAGCGGUUCCAGAGUAGCCACCGCAGCCGUGGGGGAGCUGGGGGAGCACCAGGGGGUGUCCUGGAGCCCAUGACCCGGGCACCAUCGGUGCGCAGCCUCAGCCUCAGCCUGGCUGACUCGGGCCACCUGCCGGACCUGCGUGGGCUGGACAGCUACGGUGGCCGCCGCACCCUGCAGAGGCUUAGCAGCGGCUUUGACGACAUGGACUUGCCCUCAGCAGUCAAAUACCUCAUGGCCUCAGAUCCCAACCUGCAGGUGCUGGGAGCAGCCUACAUCCAGCACAAGUGCUACAGCGACGCAGCAGCCAAGAAGCAGGCCCGCAGCCUUCAGGCUGUGCCUCGGCUGGUGAAGCUCUUCAACCAUGCAAACCAGGAGGUGCAGCGCCAUGCCACAGGCGCCAUGCGCAACCUCGUCUACGACAAUGCAGACAACAAGCUGGCCCUGGUGGAAGAGAAUGGCAUCUUCGAGCUGCUGCGGACCCUGCGUGAGCAGGACGACGAGCUGCGCAAGAACGUCACAGGGAUUUUGUGGAACUUGUCCUCCAGCGACCACCUGAAGGACCGCCUGGCCCGAGACACCCUGGAGCAGCUCACAGACUUGGUACUGAGCCCGCUCUCGGGGGCUGGAGGGCCCCCCCUCAUCCAGCAGAAUGCCUCCGAGGCCGAGAUCUUCUACAAUGCCACAGGCCUCCUCAGGAACCUCAGCUCAGCGUCCCAGGCCACUCGCCAGAAGAUGCGCGAGUGCCACGGGCUAGUGGACGCCCUGGUCACCUACAUCCACCAUGCCCUGGAUGUGGGCAAGUGUGAGGACAAGAGCGUGGAGAACGCGGUGUGCGUGCUCAGGAACCUGUCCUACCGCCUGUACGAUGAGAUGCCGCCAUCGGCCCUGCAGCGGCUGGAGGGCCGGGGCCGCCGGGACACGGCGGGGGCGCCGCCGGGCGAGGUGGUGGGCUGCUUCACGCCACAGAGCCGGCGGCUCCGAGAGCUGCCCCUCGCGGCCGACGCGCUCACCUUUGCCGAGGUGUCUAAAGACCCCAAGGGGCUCGAGUGGCUGUGGAGCCCGCAGGUCGUGGGGCUGUACAACCGGCUGCUGCAGCGCUGUGAGCUCAACCGGCACACCACGGAGGCGGCGGCCGGGGCGCUGCAGAACAUCACCGCGGGCGACCGCAGGUGGGCGGGCGUGUUGAGCCGGCUGGCUCUGGAGCAGGAGCGCAUCCUGAACCCGCUGCUGGACCGAGUUCGGACCGCUGACCACCACCAGCUGCGCUCCCUGACCGGCCUCAUCCGCAACCUGUCCCGGAACGCCAGGAACAAGGAUGAGAUGUCCACCAAAGUGGUGAGUCACCUGAUCGAGAAGCUGCCUGGCAGCGUGGGUGAGAAGUCUCCCCCGGCCGACGUCCUGGUAAACAUCAUAGCCAUCCUCAACAACCUGGUGGUGGCCAGUCCUGUGGCCGCCCGAGACCUGCUCUACUUCGACGGGCUCCGCAAGCUGGUCUUCAUCAAGAAGAAGCAGGACAGCCCCGACAGUGAGAAGUCCUCCCGGGCGGCUUCUAGCCUCUUGGCCAACCUGUGGCAGUACAGCAAGCUCCACCGGGACUUCCGGGCGAAGGGCUACCGCAAGGAGGACUUCCUGGGCCCGUAGGCGAGGCCGUCCCUGGAGAAGGGGAAUGCGAUGUGACCCAGCCUCCAAGGGAGGGCUCGCUCAGGGCUGCUCGCCAGCCAGCCUGGAGGAGAAGGUUGACGACGGCCCAGGGGCCUCUCGCUGGAGCCCCAUCCACGUGCAGCUUGAAGGCCUGGGCCAUGGGGAGGGGACAAGGGCUUGUGGCUGGGGACUUGGCUUUUGCAGGGCAGGGAGUGGGGCAGGGCUUGAGGAUGCUCUGAUGCGCGGGAUGGUGGCCAGGUCACACUGGCAGAGGUGGGGCUGGCUGUGGCCCAGCAGUGCCUUGGGACAGCCAGCACUGGGAAUAAAGGUGGCCGUGAACACAGCAGCCACAGCUCCA